AUGGAGGGUGAAGUAAGUGAAAGUGUUAUGGUUAGCCACCCUCUUUUGGAGAGAGAAAUAGAGGCCGAAUUGGAGACGUAUUCAACAGAAGAAGGCAACUACUCCUUUUCCAAGGCGUUUUUCCACGGCCUAAACGCUCUUUCAGGGGUAGGAAAAUUGUCUGUACCAUUUGCCCUAGCAUCAGGUGGCUGGUUGACUCUAUUACUGCUUUUUCUCAUAUCAAUGGCAGCAUUCUACACGGGGUUGCUGAUAAAGCGAUGCAUGGAAGCUGAUUUGAGGAUAAGAACUUACCCUGAUAUAGGGGAACGAGCAUUUGGGAAGACCGGAAGAACAAUUAUAUCUGUUUUUAUGUUCGCAGAGUUAUACUUGGUUGUAACAGGUUUCCUGAUCUUGGAAGGGGACAAUCUCCAUAACUUGGUCCCUAAUCUCAACUUAAGUACCUAUGUUGGAGGAAAAGAAUGCUUUGUGUUAAUUGUUGCUCUUAUUGUUCUACCUUCUGUUUAUAUGGAUGAUCUAAGUAUUCUUUCCUAUAUCUCUGCUACCGGUAUCUUUGCUUCUAUUGUGAUUAUGGUCUCUGUUUUGUCCAUUGGCGCAUUUAAAGGGGUUGGAUUUCACGGCAAAGGGGAUGUUCUAAUUUGGUCAGGCAUUCCUACUACUAUUAGCUUAUAUGGUUUCUGUUACUGCGCUCAUCCAGUUCUUCCUUCUCUAUACAACUCCAUGAAAAAAAAGCAUCAGUUUUCAAAGGUACUACUUCUAUGUUUCCUUUGCGCAACAAUUGGUUACGCUUGGAUGGCGAUCACUGGGUAUUUGAUGUUUGGUUCAAAAGUAAAAUCUCAGAUAACUUUGAACCUUCCAACUGACAAAUUUGUGUCGAAAAUCGCAAUCUACACCACAUUGGUGAAUCCAUUAUCCAAAUAUGCACUAAUGUUAGAACCUGUUGUGAAAUCGAUUGAGAGUAGAUUCCCAAAUUAUCAGAACAAAAGAUGGUUCAAAUUUUGGUUUCGGACGGGUUUGGUUGCAACCCAAGUCACUAUAGCAUUGUUUGUUCCCUUCUUUGGAUAUCUAAUGUCUCUGGUAGGAGCACUCUUAAGCAUUACUACGUCAAUCACACUUCCUUGCGUAUGCUAUUUGAAGAUCUCAUGGAAUUACCUAAAAAGCGAGGCGGUAUUAGUGAUAAGUACUACAAUUUUAAGUAUAUUGAUUACAAUCUUUGGUACUUAUACUUCUGUCGUUCAUUUAUACAUGGAGUUGUCAUAG